GUCGGUUUUCAUCAAUCACGGGUGAAUCAUUGAAUAGUAACCUUUAUAUAUUAAAUACACAAAAUUAUACCUGGAUCACCUCAACACCGACAGAUCAAAAUCCACCUACCCCAACAAAUUCAAAUAAUCCUUACCCAACAAAUUCAGAUAACCAAAGUUCUUCUGUAACCUCAUCUAAAAAUUUAUUGCUUACUGGAAUUGGUAUUGGAGUUGGUGCUAUAAUUUUUAUUACAGUUAUUAUUUUUGCUGGAGUUUUACUUUAUAAGAGAUGUUAUAAAGCUUCAAAUGCCAUUCCGACUCCCGGAAAUAUCGAUCCAUAUAUAUAUUAUGAAAAAUAG